GGGGGCUCGACGGGCAGUGAGGAACGGGGAGGGCUGUGUAGGCAAAGUACGCCAACGCGGGGAAGUGGGGCUUGCGGUGGAAGGGGCUGACUGCUGGGGAAGGAAUCCAACGUAACGUCCCCCUGGGGAAGGGGGCCAGUCCCCGACUCCCUGGCUCUUCCGCUCUCUGCUGUAACUUUGGGGUGUGGCGGGGGUUAGUGACGGCCGUUGACCCAGGAUCUGGGCGUGAAGGAGGCUUGUGGUCACGAUGGGGUUAUAGUCUUUCUCGCGGCCACUGGGGGAAUAAAACAAAUAUUUGUAAUCUGGAUUAUCCGCGGUGACUUGGGGCCUCCUCUACUGCCCAUUUAAAGUUAAAGGCCUGUUCUCUCAGACUUCCGCCCCUCUGAUCGUCCUUUGCCGUCUCUUUCCAGCCCAGCCCAGCCCAGCCAGGGAAGGGGUCAGGGCCACCAGGUGCCUGGUAAGGUUGAAAGACUGAGUGUGUAAGGCUGUGUUAAAGUGAGUCUGUGAGAGAAGGCAGGAUUUAGAGGAUUGCUUCUGUGUGAGUCUGGGGUGAGUCCCUGAGUCCCAGAGCCUCACCAUGUCAGGGAAACGGAAGCGUGUGGUGUUAACUAUUAAAGAUAAGCUUGAUAUAAUAAAGAAACUUGAAGAUGGAGGUUCUUCCAAACAACUGGCAGUGAUUUAUGGAAUUGGCGAGACAACAGUUCGGGAUAUAAGAAAAAAUAAGGAAAAGAUUAUAACUUAUGCAAGCAGUUCUGAUUCCACAAGUCUUCUGGCCAAGAGGAAAUCUAUGAAGCCAUCCAUGUAUGAGGAACUGGACAGAGCAAUGCUGGAAUGGUUCAACCAGCAAAGAGCAAAAGGGAAUCCCGUGUCUGGACCAAUUUGUGCAAAAAGGGCAGAGUUCUUCUUUUAUGCUUUGGGAAUGGAUGGUGAUUUUAACCCCUCUGCCGGUUGGUUAACUCGUUUUAAGCAGCGGCACAGCAUUAGAGAGAUUAAUAUUAGAAAUGAAAGAUUAAGUGGAGAUGAGACAGCUGUGGAAGAUUUUUGCAACAACUUUCGAGACUUUAUUGAACGAGAGAAUUUGCAACCGGAACAGAUCUACAAUGCAGAUGAAACUGGACUGUUCUGGAAAUGCUUGCCUUCCAGGACUUCAGUAAUCAAAGGUAAAUGCACAGCCCCUGGGCACAAGUCAAUUGAAGAAAGAGUCACUAUCAUGUGUUGUGCCAAUGCAACAGGUUUACACAAACUUAAGCUUUGUGUUGUGGGGAAAGCAAAGAAACCUCGCUCCUUCAAGUCAACUGACACCUCAAACCUGCCAGUCUCUUAUUUCAGCCAAAAAGGUGCAUGGAUGGAUCUUUCCAUUUUCCGACAAUGGUUUGAUAAGAUCUUUGUGCCACAAGUUCGCGAGCACUUAAGAUCCAAAGGCUUGCAAGAAAAGGCUGUGCUCUUGUUGGAUAAUUCACCAACACAUCCAAAUGAAAAUGUCCUGAGGUCAGAUGAUGGCCAAAUAUUUGCUAAAUAUUUACCACCUAAUGUGGCUUCGUUGAUUCAGCCCUCAAAUCAGGGAGUCAUAGCUACAAUGAAGAGAAACUAUCGUGCAGGUCUUCUCCAGAACAACUUGGAAGAAGGCAAUGACCUGAGAUCAUUCUGGAAGAAACUAACUCUGCUAGAUGCACUUUAUGAAAUAGCAAUGGCAUGGAAUUUAGUAAAGCCAGUUACCAUUAGCAGAGCAUGGAAGAAGAUUCUCCCUACCAUAGAGGAAAAAGAAAGCCUGAACUUUGAUGAAGAAGAUAUCUCAGUGGCUGCUGUGACUACCAUUUUACAACACACCAAAGGAUUGGAAAAUGUGACUCCUGAGAACGUUGAAAAAUGGCUUGAAGUGGACAGUACUGAACCAGGCUAUGAAGUCUUAACUGACAGUGAAAUCAUCAGAAGAGCACAAGGCCAGACAGACGAAUCCAGUGAAAAUGAGGAGGAGGAAAUAGAACUGAUUCCAGAGAAACAUAUUAAUCAUGCAGCUGCUCUCCAAUGGACUGAAAAUUUAUUGGAUUAUCUAGAACAACAAGGUGAUAUGAUUCUGCCUGAUAGACUGGUGAUACGUAAACUUCGAGCCACCAUCAGAAAUAAACAGAAGAUGACAAACUCAAGUUAGUAAUGGCAUAUCAGCAUUACCAUUGUUUUGGUAAUUGUGUAACUCUUGAUCUCUGCAAUAUGGCUUAAUUUUCUUUGUGUUCUGAAUUCUCAGACACAGCCCUGUGAAAUACAGAUACGAAAAAUGUAUCUGAAGUGGUUUGAGGAUUAUGUGUUUUGCAGCAUCUGUCUCUUGUCCCUUUAUCUGUGUAGAUAAUCAGAAACUGAUUCUUUAUAGGUAUAAAUUACACAUACGUAUGUAUUCACUUUUGUAGGUCUACAAUUAUCCCUCCCAUGACAGUGGCAGUCCAUAAAUUUUCUGGCAGAAGUUACAGGUGGAAAUACUGAUGCUCAGCUUAUGCUCUUAAUUGCUGAAGAUCACUUGACUACAG